AUGCUCGGCCCGGGAUCGCGGCUCUGCUCGGUGCCGGUGGUUCCCGCUGAGCAGGAGGUAGUUCGCAAAGCCAAGAGACCAAAGUACUUCAGUGCUAUUCAGGGGAGAAGUGAAUGUGGUCUCAGCUUGUCAUCUAGAUCUGGCAGGUGCACAAAUCACUAUGAGCAAGACCGGAGUGCACUUAAGCGGAAGGAAUGGGAGAGAAGAAACCAGGAAGUCCAGCAAGAUGAAGAUCUCUUUGCUUCAGGUUUUAACCUCUUUGGGGAACCCUACAAGACAAAUAAAGGUGAUGCCCUUGCAAACCGUGUCCAGAACACAUUGGGAAAUUAUGAUGAGAUGAAGGACCUGUUAACCAACCAUUCCAAUCAGAGCCACCUUGUAGGAAUCCCAAAGAAUUCUGUCCCACAGACACCCAUUGACAAAAAUGAACAGAACUUUUUCCCAGAGCCAAGGAACAGGAUGAUCCCAUCUCAUCAGAUCAGUGGCCACUCAUCGACCACGAUGCCUCCACCUUCUUCAUUGUCAUCUAAUUCUACUUUGCUACACGGUCACCAGAGCAGCAGGAAGUCGAGGACAGACUGGUCACGUGGUGGUCACAACUCUAGUGGGGCCCAGCCAAGCCAAUCCAGUAGUCAGCCGAGUCGGACAAAACAUAGCUCUUCUCAUGACCAGCCACAGGGCAGGUAUGAAGAUCUCUAUAAUUGUCAGAGCGAGCAGCAUAAAAGUGGAGGAACUGAGGAAGCAAAUUCUAUGGCGGCAUCUUCACAUUCGAGGAGGCAUACUCAUUCAAAGUCAGCAGCUGGAGAACAUACUUACAAAGAAAACAGUCAUUCGAAGUCACCCACAGAGCUUGAGUUUGUAGGACAUGGUCCUGGAUCUCCAAUUCCUUCCACAUCUUUGCUAUCUGCGAACAAUGGUCUUUCAACUCAGAAUUUCCCACCAGGACUUCACUGUAAAAACAGCAUGGUCCAGCAGAAGCCUACAGCAUAUGUCAGGCCUAUGGACGGUCAGGACCAGGUACCCAAUGACUCACCUGAACUGAAACCUCCGAUAGAAAUUGAGAGUGGAUAUGGAAAUCAGUCCUUUGGAACACUGCUGGAAGGAAAAGUGAACACACCUAGUUCGAAGAACAAAGUACCAAAGCUCAACAUUCCUCCUGUUACUGAAGUCACCCUUCCCAAUGACUCCAGCUGUGUGGAAGAAAUAUUACGGGAGAUGACCCAUUCCUGGCCUCCUCCUCUUACUGCUAUUCACACUCCUGGCAAGGCUGAGCAGACCAAGUUUUCUAUCCCAAGCAAGGACUCUCAACAUCUGACCUCAGGAUACAAUGUACAAAAGUGGAGUGAUCCAGCAGGGAAAGUUGCAACAAAGUCAGUGCCACAAAAGUCAAUGCUUGAGGAUGAUCUGAAACUCAGCAGUGAUGAAGAUGACAAUGAACAGGCUGCCGAAAAGACAAAAUUGAGAAACAUUCCUGUAAACAGCCUGCCGGUGCCAGCAGCACACGCAACCGGCUUGGCCCAUUCCAGCGGUGGCUCCGGGAGCUCCAGUGAGUCCGAGAGCAGCUCCGAGUCCGACUCCGACAGCGAGAGCAGCUCCAGUGACAGCGAGUGCAACGAGGAGUCGCGCAGUGCCACGCCGGAGCCUGAACCCCCCUCAACAAACAAAUGGCAGCUGGAUAAAUGGCUAAAUAAAGUGAACCCCCACAACAAGACCAUCAUCAACAAUCAAAAUGAGCCUCACAGCGAGACCAGCUCCCAGGCCCAGAGCAACCAGCAGGCCGAAGGGCCAAACAAAGGGAAGCUCAACAGCAGCCUGCCCCCGACCGAUUCCAAAGACAGGGCGAUCCUUAGUCCCAUCCGAGAGAAAGCCAAACCGCGGGUUGCCCAGAAAACCCCAGAGGCAAAGAGCUCCAAGCAGAAGUCACCAGCUCAUAAUGAGCCAACUUCACAAAGGACUACUGGGAAAAAGCAACCCAAAAAGGUAGAAAGGACUUCCAGUGUAGAAGAGUAUAACUGGCCCAAACCAAAUAAUACCAGCAACACUCCCAAAGAAAAAGACACACAGGAACCCCCCGAGCAGCCAAAGGUUCGAACUAAAGCAGCAGUUGGGAAGACCGCUCCAAGGAAAGAACCACGAACUAGCACAGGCCUCACUUCGGAGAAGAAAAAGUACAGAGGCCCCAGCAAAAUUGUUCCCAAGUCCCGGGAAUUCAUUGAAACGGAUUCAUCUACUUCUGACUCAAAUACAGACCAGGAGGAGAGCUUGCAGGCAAAGGUGCUGCCAGCUUGCACUGGGUCUGGCAAUGGCGUCAAAGUGAAGGACUCUGGCAGUAACAUCCUCAGCGUAAGUAGUUUAACUAGCAAUGGCAGCAACACAUCCAUUGACCAGACCAGCAACGACUUGGAGGAGCAGCUCUUUUCUCCUAUCCCAAUCGUACAAAAUGAACUUCUGUCCCCACUGAGAGAAUAUGAAGAACUCAAAUCUCUGUGGGUGAAAAUAGACCUUAGUUUACUCUCUAGGAUACCUGGACAAGAGCCUUUUGAGAGCACGUCUGUGAAAAGUGAAUCGAGAGAGGCAAAUAUGAAACACAGACGACCAUCUCGAGAGUCCCCUACCCCAGCAGCUGAAAAACCAUCCACAAAAUCCAAAAGGAAACACAAGCAGACAGAAAGCCUGGAUACCUUUGUUGAAAGCAAGAAGCAGCGCCUGGAGGACACUUCAGCUUCAUGCCUGCUCCCACCCUGUAUCUCUCCGAUACCGAAUCACAGAUUAACCAGCACUAAAGAGAGCAGCGGUAGCUCAGUGAAGAAGGUGGCAAAGAAAAGAGAAGAGAAGCUGUUCCCUCCUCCGUUAUCCCCCCUCUUGGAUGAGCCUGUGCACCGGCGGCACAGCAGUGACAACAGCUCCUUCAGCCAAGAGACCAACAUCACAAACACCUCACAGACCAGCAGCUCUUCCUCCUCUGUUUCUAAACACAGAAAGAAUGAAAAUAAAUCCUCUUCUAACCCCAAAGGAAUCUGUGAGGAAGAAUCUCACAAUACACCAACAGCUAACACUCUUCUUGACACCAGCCAUCUAGAAACAGACAUCUGGUCUGCAAUGCCAACACUUUCCAAUGGGAAUUCUGAGCCCAGAAGACCCAAAAUAACAUUUGAUGAUGUGCUUCACAAUGCGGAUUAUUACAUGCAAGAGGCUAAGAAGCUGAAGCAUAAAGCAGAUGCAUUGCUGGAGAAGUUCGGCAAAGCAGUGAAUUAUGCUGAUGCUGCCCUCUCCUUCAUCGAGUGCGGGAACGCUAUGGAGCGAGAUCCAUUAGAAGCUAAAUCUCCAUACACCAUGUACUCAGAGACUGUGGAACUCAUCAGGUAUGCAAUGAGACUCAAGAAUUUCACAGGCUCUUCUGCCACAGAAGGGGACAAGAAAUUAGCAGUUUUAUGCUACCGAUGCUUAUCACUUCUCUACUUGAGAAUGUUUAAACUAAAGAAGGACCAUGCUAUGAAGUACUCCAGAUCUCUGAUGGAAUAUUUUAAGGGCUGUACAAGGUGCUACACAGACGUGAAAGGCAGAAUGAGUAAGCAGAACUCUUCAAAAGCCUCACAGGCCCCCUCACCUUGGGGCGGCAAUGGAAAGAGCACAGAAACGCCAUCGCCCAUGUCCCUGAGCCCGUCCCCUGUCAGCUCUGCUGGAAGCAGCGCAGGCACCACCGGCUCCUCCUUGGCAGGGACCAUCACCAUCCCUCAGCGCAUCCACCACAUGGCUGCCAGCCACGUCAACAUCACCAACAACGUCCUGCGGAGCUACGAGCACUGGGACAUGGCUGACAAGCUGACUAAGGAGAACAAAGAAUUCUUUGUUGACCUGGACUCAGUGAUGGGACCCUUAACACAACACAGCAGUAUGACCAAUCUGGUUCGUUAUGUUCGCCAAGGACUCCACUGGCUCCGCAUUGAGGCUCAUUUGUUGUAGUGACUGCUGCCCCGUUCAUUACAUCCCCAUUCUUCUACCUCUACCAGCGCAGAGACGAUCACUGGUGGAACUCCACUCAUUUCUGGAAGUUUAUUCAUGUAACUUCAUUUUUAUUGCCUUUUUUAAUAUCCUAUCUAUUGGAAGUAGAAGUCACCAUAAAUGGAACUUAUGACUCAAGAGCAGUAUGUGUUGUACCAUCUAAUAAUUUUCAACAAUUUUCUAUGCCUUGUGUCUCCUGGAUCCUGCCAUCCUUAUGUGCUUUAUGGAACGGUACAUUCCCUGCAGUAUUGUUUUAAGUCCAUGCUGCCUUCAAGUGAAAACAAAAAAGCACUUUGAGAAGAUAUGGAUUCCUGAGAAAUAGUACAAAGCGUCUUAAAUAUUUGAGGGUAUAUAUGAGAAGUCCCUUCUGAAAUAAAUUAGUAGAAGUUAUAGCUAUUCAUUCAAAAUCGUCUUCUGAACCUGAACCAAGCUUUUCGGCGCUUAAUUCUGGCAUCGUUACCUGACACAGUACAUUCCUAAGAUUUCAUACUUCCUAUAGGCUUAAUCUCUAAAAGAGAACAUUGAAUAUCUUACAGGUAAAUAAUGUAAGAUCACCAAAGGUGUUAAGAGGUAAAAGGUUGAAGGAAUGCCUCAUUAAAGAACGAUGAAACACUAUGCAAUGAGGUUUUGAUAUUCCAUUCUUCCUGUUUAUUGUUGGCUUAAUAAUUUCAGUAGGCAGCAGAAUUUAUUGCAGUUUUUAGGCAAUUUCAAAAUAUUAGCUUUCAUAGUCUUAUCUACCAUUCCUGUACUAAAUCUGUGAAUUUUCUUUCAGUUUUACUGUUUAGUCUCAAACAAAUACUCAUCCAAGAUUCUUCUUCAUAGAACAAUCUCUCCUUGCAUAGUGACUCAGUGAAAGCAGAUUUUAAUGGGACCGCUGCACUCUAAGCAUUGAUAUUGUAUGUAAAAGUCCAUUAAUAAGUGUAUGCAGAUUCUUCAUGAAAAGUCUCUAGAAGUUUAACUAACCAGCUACUGUUGAAACAUUAUAAUUCCAUGUGGCAUCAAUUUUCACCUGUUUGUUCAUUUCAGAGCUUUAGAAACGAACAGUAUUAUCUUGCUAUCUUGAAAACAAUGUCAAAUUAAAUAAAAUCACCAGAUUUACCCAAAAGCAAUAUAACAUUUGUUUAAUAAUAGCCACGAAUACUUCAGUCAGAUUACCUAUUUUCCAAACUCUGCAUCUGUUUACCUAUGCUGUCAUGUUUUGGACCAUUCCUCUAAUGCGUGAAUAAUAAUGAGACAAUUCAGAUAGAAUUUCAAAGCAAUUGUGAAUAAAUUACACCAUUUCA